AUGGCAGUGGUAACAGUAUCACCAUCUGAUCCACGAGUAAAAAUCAAUAAUAAUAUUUCGAGUCCAAGAGUGACCAAAGAAGAAUCCGAUAAUACUAACGACAACACUGACACAUUAAUACUAAAAUCAUUAUCACGAUCAUCAUCUCCUUCAAAUAUGAAUCAUCACAUUCAUACUCAAAGCAAUAUAUUUUCUUCUUCCACUAAUAAUGAUCUCGAUGAAAAUGAUGAGGUGUCACGACAAGGAAGACAAUCGGUGACAAGUAUCUCGAAUUUAAUCAAUCAUGAUGAAUGGCGAAAUAAAGCGGAGAAUGAAAAACUUGGGAAUAAUCACUCGAAAAAACAACAUAAACACCACAAUAGAAACAAGAAUCUCAAUGAACGUCGUCAUCAUAACGUUGUUCCUGAUAAUACUACUGCUGAUCCCGCUGCUGCUGCUCUUUUAUUAUUGCGUAAACGUCGACGUGUUUCAACAGCUGCAUCGCCUGUACCUUCUGCUGGAUUCGAUGACAUAGCAACUGUUGAAGAUGGUGCUUCAGAUGAUUUAUCAGCUGCAACUUCAAAUAUAUCUUCGAAACGUAUGACGAUGGAGAAUGCUGCUGGUGGGAAUAAUCAUAACAAUGGAGGAGGUAUUAGUAGCAAUGGUGUUGGUGGUGUUAUAUUACCGCCGUCAACAUUUAGUGGUAAACAAAUCCGUAAGAAACCUUAUAUUCCACGCCCACCAAACUCAUUUAUUCUCUAUCGACAACAUCAUCAUCCGCUAAUCUUGAAUCAAAAUCCGGGUAUUAACAAUUCAGAGAUUUCUCGGAUUAUCGCAGAUCAUUGGCGAAACCUUAAUGAACACGAGAAACAAGAGUGGAAGCGUAAAGCAGAGGAAGCAAAAGAGACUCAUAUGAAAGCGUAUCCCGACUACAAAUAUCAACCAAGACGAAGAAUCGGAACACAAACCACCACUUUUCGUAAGGCUACGAUACAUACACCGAAUGGAACGUUAAUAGAAGAUUCAUCGGGAAAAUAUGUGGAUAACUUUGUAAUUGAAGCAUCUUCGUUGCAACAUCAGCAACAGGAUCGUCAACAAAUGAACGAUGAUCAUGCAGUUCCGAGAACAGAUCUUCUGCCGAUGGAUGAGAUGCGAAUGAUCAACGGAAAUAAUAACAAUAUGACUGGCCUUGUCAAGCAUGAGAUGAAACGAAGAGAUGUUGUAAUCAUUGGGGGCGGUUCCAAAGAAUUGCAAAAUAUUGCAAGAACCAGAGCCACUCCAACUGAAGCCAUAAAGGCAAAAUUAUUGCCAAGAACUCCAUCAGCCUUAUUAGCACCAACACCAUCUUCACAUGCAACUGGCGGAAAUUCAAUCAAUCAGCUACAAUCUCCUUCCAAGUCUUCCUCAGCACAUAAUUAUUUCGUUCAUUCUCAAUCAUCACAACCGCCUCCAACCCAAACCCGUCUUCCACCAUCACAUACCAUCAUUCAGCCGUCACAAUCGGCCACUUCACCCACCACCAACACAUCUUCGCCUCCUUCUCCGAUCAACCCAACGACAAUAGUUCGUGGUGCGUUAAUUGUCCUAGAAGGAUGUGAAGAUGGAUCGAGUUCAUUGCAAGCUAAUAAGUUACUGGAGUUCCUAAAGAACGAAGGAAUCAAAGCAAAAUUAUGGAAGUUCCCUGAUCAUUCUACACCAUCCGGAAAUGCUCUACAAUCUUAUCAGCAAUCUAACCGUCAGCCACACCCGAAAACGCUUCAUUUGUUAAGUGCUGCACAUUGGUGGGAAUUAAUGCCUAUAAUGAAAGAUCAUUUACUUAAUGGAACCACAUUAAUCGUCGAUGGUUACAUUUAUUCGGCCAUCGCAGCAUCGGUUGCUCAUGGACUGGAUCUCUAUUGGUCAAAAAGUAGUUAUGCGCAUAUCAUGAUCCCGGACUUGAUAUUUUUCCUAAAUAUGUCUGGAGUAGAAAGAGAACAACGAGAACAAAAUAAUUCUACUGCUGAGUCAACGGCCGGAGAAAAUAAUCGUUCAUCUAUCGAAUGGCAGCGACGAACAAAUGAUGCGCUUGAAAGAUUAGCAGAAGCACAUUGGAAGAUUUUGGAUGCAUCUAAAUCGAAUACUUUGAUACAUGCACAAAUGAUUGAAGCAUCGAUCGAGGUCAUCGAACAGUGUCGGAAAUGUAAUACUAGCUAUGGGACAACCGGCAACAAUAAUAUCCUGCCAAUGUAUUCGCCUCCACAGCCAUAUAUGAUCAACGAAGUGAUAUUUAAAAAUUUGGAAGAGGAUGAAAAUGAAAAGGAUUUUGCAAUAUUCGAAAAGACACUUGCGUUCGCGCCGGAAUUGCCACAAGCACUUUCAAUAAGUGGAUUCUCUCGAUAUAAUAACAAGUUUCCUGUUAUUUCGAUGCAUUGGAUUACAUUAGGCACAAGAUUAAAAGAUGAUCAUGAAAACGAUAUUUUCUGCAUGUUAUUUAAUUCAUUAACCACAAAUAACUUGGUUGGUGUUAUCCCACUGGCGAAUGAUUGGUAUGGAUUAAUUGAGCCAAACAAGACCCAAAAUGAGGGGACAUAUUUCUAUUUAAACAUUCUCCCUCAAGGCACUGAACAUCAGUUUCUAAUUAAUACUAAUAAAAUAAGUACGAAUCUAUCACCAUUGCUACCACAAAAAAGUUAUACGACCGAGGAAAAAAUUACAUUACCUAAACCUGAAAUCGUUGAGUUGUUAAUUAAUAGGAUUCAAAAAUAUGGAACUAAUUUGCCAUACGAUGAAACAAGGUUUAACACAAGUAUCGAACAAUGUCGUAAAAUAAUCCAAGUCUUUCAUAAUACAAUACUUCGAGAUGAUCUGAUCAAUGUAUUGCAGUUUGGGGAUCAUCAAUUCGAUGAUGAAUUAGAAGAUGAAGAAGCGGAAGAUGAAUAUAUGAAUAGGAUUGAGGACGGUGAUAUUUUUAUCCACGAUUAUAAUGAUCAAAAUAAUCCUGGGAAUGAUGAACAACAGCACAGUGAAAGGUCAAAUGUGAUGUCACUUAAUGAUCUUUUGAAUUAA